AACAGGUACAAAUAUUGUGGGCUGUGCUGAUGCUAAAUUCUAGAUAAAGAAUCAGCCAUUUCAUGCUCUUUGGACAGAACUUUUGUCUGUCCAACAAAAAUUAACAAAAAAAUAUCUAAUUCUGCUGAUGCUUUUUUAAAUGUUACUGAAAUUUUUGCCGUUGAAUUUAAGCUAGCAGAGUCUAAAAGGCAAAGACAGAGAGUGGAUCAACAUUUUUCUAGCCAAUAACACAUAUUUACUCGAGAUAGUCCGUGAUGACUUGCAAAUCGUCACUCUAUUUCGUUAUGGAGGAAAAUUUUUGAAUUUUCUUCUCCUUCUCCAUAUUGGUAUUAGUUUUUGAUAGAUAUGGCAAUUCAAACUUGAAAAUUUUUACUCGAAUUACCAGACAUCAGCUGUUCACCACCCAACCACUCGACCGGAAGGAGGACUCGUGUCACAAUUGGAGAGACUCUCCUUCUUCCUCCAUUUAAGGCAAGAGACAAGUGUAGAGUCACAAGAUUACACCAAUUUACACCACUUUAAAAAUUUUCCCCAAAUACACAUUCACUUUUGCAUUUUUCAGCCUUUAAAGAGAAAUACACUCCCACCUUCAAAAUUGAAACUCCAUUCAAAAUCAUGGAGAAACAAGUUUUGGACUACAUGUUGGUACCAGUAGGCCUCCUCUUCAUGGUUGCUUAUCACUUGUGGCUUCUUCAUCGCAUCCUUAAACAUCCUCUUCAUACUGUCAUCGGCAUCAAUUCAAUCAAUCGUCAAUUCUGGGUUCGCGCUAUGAUGGAGGACCCAUCGAAAAAUGGAGUUCUAGCGGUGCAGACAUUAAGGAACAACAUAAUGGCAUCAACACUUUUAGCAUCUACAGCGAUUAUGCUCAGUUCUCUCUUUGCUGUUUUAGUGAACGGUAGAAGCAAGGGCAGUUAUAUUGGUUUUCAUAUUUACGGAGACAAGAGCGAGCUUUGCAUGUCAAUUAAAUUCUUUUCCAUAUUGGUAUGUUUUAUGGUGGCGUUCCUCUUUAAUGUGCAGUCGAUAAGAUAUUACAGUCAUGCUAGCAUACUCAUCAAUGUGCCUUACGAUAGAUUGGAAUAUUCUUCGAGACAUUGUGUGACAGCAGAGUAUGUAGGGAGGACAGUGAAUAGAGGGAGCUAUUUCUGGUCACUUGGACUGCGUGCUUUUUAUUUUUCGUUUCCCUUAUUUCUGUGGAUCUUUGGGCCUAUUCCUAUGUUCCUUUGCUGUGUUUUUCUGGUUUGUAUGCUUUAUUUCUUGGAUGGUAGUUCGGAUUUUGGGUGGGUUGCACCAAGUGAUGUGGAGGCUCAGCAGACUGCUUAGAGAGAGAGAUUGAGAAGUUCGGAUUCAAUCCAAGUAUGAUAGAUCUUUAACUAUCUUCUUAACUAUUAUUUUAGGUAUUAGCUUGGUGUAUAUACCCGGUCUAUAAGAAGUUUUACCCGUUACCAAGUACGGAGUAAUAAAGAUUACAAGAAUUAAUAGGGGUAAUUUUAUCAGGUUA